AUGUCAACACAUCCUCGAAGAGGCUAUAGACCAGCCACCUCCCCAAGGUUGCUCGCCGGAUUCCACUCUUCCGCGGAUUUGCUUUCUCCUUCUCCCACUCGUAGUGGAAUUGCCGAAAAAUUCUCUCUUUCUCCAGACCCCGCUUCUUGGGGUUCAAAUUUAUCGGCGCCUGAGCCUGAUGACGCAUUGCACAAUCCUGUUUACAGGGGCGGAAAGUUCAAAGACAGCAAUAGCUUCACCAUAUCAUCUCGAGGUAUUGCCAACUUGGGAUUCCUCGCUUUCCUCUGCUUCGCAGUCCUGGGACUUUUCAUAGGAUACCCAGUUCUCACAUUUGUUCGCCAAGCGAAGCUGUCUCCCCCCACGAAUUCCAACUCCUUCGUAAAUUCAUCGGGACAGGUGCCGAGUAUCGGAAACUUCGGAUUGAUAGAUCUCGAUACGCCCAAGUCUGCACACAAGAUAACUUCGCUGUACAGCGGCAGAGAAAUGGUCCUCGUCUUCUCCGAUGAAUUCAAUCGUGAUGGCCGAACCUUUUACCCAGGCGACGAUCCGUAUUGGGAAGCGGUGGAUCUUCACUAUUGGGCCACGAAUAAUAUGGAGUGGUACGUUAAGAAUGCCAUUAAAAACGGGUCACUUGAAUUCACUCUCUCCGAAGAGCGUGUUCACGGUAUGAACUACAAAGGUGGCAUGAUAUCUACCUGGAACAAAUUUUGCUUUACGGGUGGACUACUUGUUGGGGCGGCCAAUCUUCCGGGGACAAACAAUAUCCAUGGUCUCUGGCCAGCUUUCUGGGCCAUGGGAAAUCUCGGCCGCGCAGGCUACGGAGCGUCACUGGACGCAAUGUGGCCUUAUACUUACGAUAGUUGCGACGUGGGCACUGUGGCCAACCAAACUCGCAAUGGGCUACCGCUUGCAGCCACCACCACAGGCGAUAAGAAUGCUCCUAUCAAUGGCGAGCUGUCCUACCUUCCGGGACAAAGGCUGUCCCGAUGUACCUGUCCCGGAGAAAGCCAUCCCGGUCCAGUUCACGAAGAUGGUACUUAUGUAGGCAGAGCUGCCCCAGAGAUUGAUGUUUUCGAGGCUCAGAUAUCGAACAACGCCGGGCAGGUGUCUCAAUCUGGCCAAUGGGCGCCGUUUAACGCUGGUUACAUGUGGUUUAACACAACUGAUAAUAUGAAAAUCGUGGACAGGAGUCUUUCCUUCCUCAACACAUAUCUUGGUGGUGUCUACCAGCAGGCAACAUCGGUGGUGGUUACAACCGACCAGAACUGUUACGAGCUCAUUGACCCACAUUGUCGUUCAGUUUAUGGAUUUGAAUAUCGGCCAGGCUAUAGCGACGGCUACAUCUCUUGGAUCACAGACAAUCAGGUCUCGUGGACAAUAUUAGGCAAUGGUAUGGCAGCAGACCCAGCGGUGGAGAUUGGUCCGCGUCCAGUUCCGAUGGAGCCCUUGUAUAUCCUGGCAAACCUGGGAAUGUCAAGAAACUUUGGUGAGGUCGAUCUCGAGCAUCUGACCUUCCCCACGGUCAUGCGAAUGGACUACGUGCGCGUAUAUCAAUACCCAGACGAGAUAAAUAUUGGUUGCGACCCAAAAGGAUUCCCCACUCAAGCUUACAUAAACACAUAUAUCGACGCAUACACAAAUCCAAAUUUAACCACUUGGAAUGACAUCACCACACUCUUUUGGUCCGGUCCACCAUCUCAACGCUACAAUUCCAAUGCAGUGCUGUCCUUUGUCCAUCCAGACUCUGAACACACCCAAGCUUUCUGUUGGGACUUUUAUGGUGCCCGCUCAGCUAUCAUUUACAUAAUCGUUUCGUCGCUUGUUUCCGCCGGUCAAGCUCUACGCGACCCUGUAAUGCCGACAAGCAAUGAUUCAGAACUCCGACAUUCACGUCCCCUAUUGACUACACACACUCUACCUCGACGCGAUGACUCUUGGGAAACAAGCUCAGCCACGACAAGCUUGACGGAGAAAUACGCGCUUGCUGCGGACCCUGCGGCAUGGGGAACUGAUCUGCACAACGCAGAGCCCGAUGACCACAUACACGUCCCUGAAGUUCGAAAUGGGAAGGUGGUCGACCGCGCCAGUUCCGCGAUAUCCUUCCAAGGGUUUACGAACAUUGGCUGUUUGCUCAUUCUCAGUUUGGGAAUAAUCACGUUGUUCAUGGGCUAUCCGGUUGUCUCUCAUUUAACGAAACCGUCCACCAAAGUCAACUCUCUAACGGUCAACGAAACGGGACAGGUCCCCGCAAUCGGAAACUUUGGUUUGAUAGACCUCGAUACCCCGAGCAAUGUCUAUACGAUCAAGUCGCUCAAGACAGGAAAGGACAUGAAGCUUGUCUUUAGCGACGAAUUCAAUCAAGACGGGCGGAGCUUUUAUCCAGGCGACGACGCUUACUGGGAAGCUUUAGACCUGCAUUAUUGGGCGACAAAUAAUAUGGAGGAUGACAUGAAUUCGCUCCUCUUCACCCUUGACCUUGACGAAACCAGGUACGAUCCUUCUGCAGUCACCACAUCGAACGGUUCACUCCGAAUCACUCUGUCACGCGAGAACAUUCACGAUUUGGAUUAUAAAGGGGGAAUGCUUUCGACUUGGAAUAAAUUUUGUUUCACAGGUGGAUACCUUGUUGCGUCUGUUGUUCUCCCUGGCACCAACAACAUCCACGGACUGUGGCCUGCCUUCUGGGCCAUGGGCAAUUUGGGUCGAGCGGGUUAUGGAGCUUCCUUGGACUCGAUGUGGCCUUAUACGUACGACAGUUGUGAUGUUGGGACUGUCGCCAACCAGACUCGGAACGGACUUCCCAUACUUGCAACCACGAGCGGGGACAAGAAUCAACCAUUCAACGGAGAAUUAUCUUAUUUGGGCGGACAGAGACUGUCUCGAUGCACGUGUCCUGGAGAAAGCCAUCCAGGGCCAAUACACGCAGACGGCACAUAUGUCGGGCGUGCUGCUCCAGAGAUUGACGUCUUCGAAGCCCAGAUUUCAAACGGAGCUGGUCAGGUGUCUCAGUCCGGUCAAUGGGCGCCAUUCAACAACGGCUACGUCUGGUUCAACACUAGCGACAACCUAAUCAUCCCGGAUCCAACCCUCUCUGUGUUGAACACGUACAUCGGUGGUGCACUGCAGCAGGCAAGCUCCGUGGUGACGACUGUGGACCAGAAUUGCUACGAGCUCCGUCAGGGCUGUUAUUCCGUUUAUGGCUUCGAGUAUAAACCCGGUUUUGGUGAUGCUUACAUUACUUGGGUCUCAGACAACAAGAUUGCAUGGACCCUGAAUGCUGCCGGUAUGGCUGCAGAUCCUCAAGUUGAAAUCGGACCUCGCCCUGUGCCCCAAGAGCCGAUGUAUAUUCUUGCCAACCUAGGAAUGUCAAGAAAUUUUGGUGCAGUUGAUCUCGACGAAUUGACCUUCCCAACAACACUCUCUAUCGAUUACGUUCGUGUUUAUCAGUAUCCUGACCAGAUCAAUAUCGGAUGCGAUCCCCCAAACUUCCCGACUCAGGACUACAUCAACACCUAUAUCGAGGCCUAUACGAAUCCCAAUUUAACAACUUGGGUUGACGACUACAAGCAAGUGAUGCCUAAAAACAAAUUUCUUGGAGAAUGUUAG